CGCUGGGGAGGUUCAGGCUCCAGGUUUAACUCGUUGUGGCAGAGGGCGCGGGGGUCCCUGCGUGACGGGGGAGCGGGGGGGACACAGACCCCACACACACCCCGCUGCCUCGCUCGGCCGAGGGCCGCGGACACCAGCCGGCGCCGCCGCCGCCGCCCGGAACGAGUGUCGGUGCCCGCGUUGCCGGCCGGAGGGAGCAGGGGAGGGCGCAAAAUGGCGGCGGCCUCGCGGGUGUUCGCCUUCCGCGACGUGCGCUGGGCCCCCGACCCGGUGCUGGAGCCGAGCGCGGCCGUGCGGACGCCGCAGCCGGUGCCGCUGGUGAUCGACAACGGCUCCUUCCAGACGCGGGCGGGCUGGGCCUCCCCCGACCCCGCCGUCCCCGCCGAGCCCCUGUUGCGGUUCCGCUCGCUGGCGGCGCGUAGCCGCGGCGCCCGUGGGGGGGCCGGCGCCGAGACUCAGGUGGGCAACGACCUGGGGAGCCCCGAGCCGCUGCGCUGGCUGCUCCGCUCGCCCUUCGACCGCAACGUGCCUGUCCAGCUGGAGCUGCAGGAGCUGCUCCUCGACCACGUCUUCCAGCGCCUCGGCGUUGCCUCGCAGGGUUGUGUUGAUCACCCUAUUGUUUUGACAGAAGCAGUGUGCAAUCCUCUGUAUUCGAGACAAAUGAUGUCAGAGCUCCUCUUCGAAUGUUACCAAGUGCCAAAAGUGUCCUAUGGUGUAGACAGCUUGUACAGUUUUUACCACAACAGAAAGCAGAACUGGCCCUGCAGUGGUUUGGUGAUAUCUUCAGGUUAUCAGUGUACGCACAUUUUGCCAGUCUUAGAAGGCAGGCUGGAUGCUAAAAACUGCAAACGUAUUAAUCUUGGAGGAUGUCAAGCAGCUGUCUAUCUCCAACGCCUCCUUCAGCUGAAGUACCCAGGACAUUUUGCUGCCAUCACUCUCAGUCGCAUGGAGGAAAUACUGCAUGAGCAUAGUUACAUUGCAGAGGAUUAUAUAGAAGAGCUACAGAAGUGGCGGUCCCCAGAGUACUAUGAGAGCAACAUGCACAAGAUGCAGCUGCCUUUCUCUAAUAAACUACUGGGAAGCACUCUGACAUCAGAGGAAAAGCAGGAGAGGCGGCAGCAGCAGUUACGUCGACUUCAAGAACUCAAUGCGCGUCGCCGAGAAGAGAAGCUGCAACUUGAUCAAGAGAGGUUGGACAGACUGCUAUAUGUACAGGAACUUUUAGAAGAUGGUCAUAUGGAUCAAUUCCACAAAGCCUUGGUGGAGCUGAACAUGGACUCUGCAGAAGAACUGCAGUCUUACAUCAACAAAUUGAGUCUGUCCGUUGAACAAACGAAGCAGAAAAUCCUACAGGCAGAAGUCAAUAUUGAAGUAGAUGUUGUGGACAGCAAGCCAGAGACUCCUGAUUUGGAUCCAUUAGGCAGUGAACAGUCACUGGAGGAUGUGGAAAGUAUUAAUGAGUUUGAACCUUUGUUUGCUGAGGAGCAGCCUGAAGUUGAGAAGCCUGUUGCUGCAGUGCAGCCCGUGUUUAACCUGGCAGAGUACCACCAGCUUUUCCUUGGCACUGAAAGAAUCAGGGCUCCAGAGAUUGUUUUCCAGCCCUCCCUGAUAGGAGAAGACCAGGCUGGUAUAGCAGAAACCAUGCAAUAUGUCCUUGAGAGGUAUCCAAAGGAGCAACAAGCUAUUCUUGUCCAGAAUGUUUUUCUCACUGGUGGAAAUACAAUGUACCCUGGACUGAAAGCCAGAGUCCAGAAGGAACUCCUCGAAAUGAGGCCAUUCCAGUCAUCUUUUCAGGUUCACCUUGCUUCCAGUCCUGUUUUAGAUGCCUGGUAUGGGGCUAGGGAUUGGGCAGUGGAAUACAUGACCCGUGAGGAAGGCUGGAUAACCAGAAAAGACUAUGAAGAAAAAGGGGGAGAAUACCUCAAGGAACACUGUGCUUCAAAUGUCUAUGUUCCCAUUCGCCUUCCAAAGCAGGCCCCAAGGACAACAGAGGCAUCAGCACCUAGCAGAGCGCUGCCAUCCAGCACAGGCAACCCUUGUGAGCAGGUGUAGCAUAGCACCUUUGUCACAGCCCCUCGGAUGUGGAUAACAGUGCGGAGAAAAGAAGGGUUAUUGGUUUGUGGUAUGAGCUGUGUGUGGAGUGCAGGCCUCCGCCUAGCCUCGCUGGCUGCUCGGAGACCACUAAGUGUCUCGUCCGGCUGCUUGAACGAGGAGGAAGAGCCACGCUGGGGCAACAGCUGGCACGGUCGCAGCGCUUGCAACGCUUAGUGCCGCUCGUGCAUAGCGCAGGAGUAUUCACCAACAAGGAGGACCACCACAGAAGUGCAUUCCAGAGAAAAACGAUCUUAUAAACUUUCAUAAUAAGACUCAGAAUUUUUUGAGAGUAUGUGUUUUACAGGUUGGGGUUUUUUAUUUAGUUAAAAUGUACUGGUUUUAUACUGCUUUUACUGCCUGAUCCAGAAGCUGUAUCAAGUGAGUCAGCCCAGCAGGCGUCUCCCUCGCUCGUUGCAGCGAGCGUUCGUCAGGACAUGUUGGUCAGGAUGUGUUCGUCAGGACACAUGGUGCUGCUGGAGGCUGGAGGGGCUGAUCUGUGCCUUUCCUCCUGAGGCCUCUUGCGCUCUCCUCUGGUUUGAUUUCCUUCUUGCUGCACACUUUCUGCUAAACCACCACCGAAUAAGCGGUGGGAUUUCAGAUACUUUUGGACUUUGCUUAUGUCAGUAAUAUUGAUGUCUUGGUUGAAACUGGAGACCUGGUCACAUAAAGCACUGUCCAGAUAUAAAGACAGAACCCCUCAUAAAGCGCAGUCCAGAAGGACUGCCAAAUCUCGUGCAGUCCUCAAGCGGUUUUGCAAGAGUGGUGGCUGAGCGGGGCAGCUCCUGAGUGGUGGGACUUUUUUAUCAAAAGUUGUUUUAGCAAUAAAGCAAACUUUUUGCUUUACUGUUACCUUCUGUGUUUCAGUGAUUUGACCUCUUUAAAGAGUACAGCAAUAAGGAUGUAUUUGGGUGUACCUUGCUGAAAAAUGCGGGUUUGCAGCCAGGCCCCUGUCCUGCUGCACAGUGUGCUGUAGCUUAAAUUUGACAGGGGAUUCAGUUCUUGCAUGGAACAACUUGCUAUUGCUUUCCCAAAAGAAUAAUCAAUACUAAAUGCUGAACUGAAACCUAAGCAGGCUCCAUCAGUUUAGCACGGGCUGUAAAGCAUUAGGCUGGAGAAGGUAGGGCUAUGGGGAAAAUAUCCAGAUUGUAACUGUAUAAAGAAGGUGAGGAGGUGGUGGCAGCUUACCGGCCCCAAGGGCCACAGAGCAUCAGAUAAGUUGUCAUCUGCAGAUUCAAAACAAAGGACAUGAGGUGCUUGUUGGUGUUGAAGUGAGGGGUUUGUUGUCACGAGAUGUGACGCGCGCAUUUCUGGAUUCAAAAACUGUUACCCAGAUCUGCGAUUUAAAAAAAGAAAAA